AUGUCAUCCAUGGAUCUGAAGGACGAAAUUACCUGUUCUAUCUGCCUACAGCUAUUUAUAUAUCCUGUUACUCUGAAUUGUCUUCAUAGCUUUUGCCUGAGAUGCGUCCAAGAUCACUUAAAGCACAAGUUGUCAUCUGACAAUUACACAUGUCCAGAAUGUCAUACAGAGUUUGUUGAUAAACCAAGAUUGUUUAAAAAUGCUGAGCUCGCCACAAAGGUGGAGCAAAUGUCAAAGUGCCAGGAGAGGAGGCCUGUUUGUGACUAUUGUUUUGAGGAGGAUGUACCUGCCGUGAUGGGUUGCAUCCAGUGCGAGACCUUCUUUUGUGUAACUCAUCUUCGGCCGCACAGUGAGAAAGCAACACUGAAGGAUCAUGCUUUGAUGGACCCAUCAGAGACAACGUCCUUACGAAAAUGCGUGGACCACAAGGAAACCCUCAAACUUUACUGCAAAGAGGACCGUGCGUGUAUUUGUACCCUCUGCAGUAUUAUUGGGCAGCACAAGAAACAUACAAUUUUGACUUUCGAAGAAGCGAAAAGUGAAGUUCAGCUCACAUUCACGGAGAAACUGAAAGAGCUUAACAUGAGGAGGACAAAAACAGAAGAGGCUGUCAAAUGCCUGAGGGAAAUGAAUUCACAUGCAUUAGCAGCAUAUGCUGGCUAUCUAGAAAAGGCUGUUCAACAUUAUAAGGAGAUGAAAUCCCUUAUUGAAGAUGACGAGCAGCAGACCCUACUAUUUAUUGAAGCUGAACGCCAGGCUGCUACAAUGUACAUUGAAGUACAAACCAAGGAGUGGGUGGAAGAGCUAGAUGACCUAACAAGGACUAUUCAGCAGAUCAAUACCAUUUUGAACCAGAGUGAUUCAUUCAGGUUUUUAAAGGGAGCAAACUGUAAUGAAUAUCGUAUCAAUUCGUUACUUAAAAAAAUGUCACCGGUGACUCACGAAACUGUGGUUGACGAUGGCAAACUCACUUCUCUGAUUAAGUCAAUCAGCAAGAAAUUCAACAGUUUGUCCAAGCAAGAUACCUCGGUCAGGAAAGCCCUACUGACAUUAAAAGAUGCAACGACCGUGACACUCGACCCUGUAACUGCAAACGAAAACCUUAUCCUGUCAGAAGACCGUACAAUUGUUCGCUACACAGAUGAGAUCCAGAAAUCCCCCUACAGUCCCAAGAGGUUCGAUGAUACCCUCUACGUGCUGGGUUCCGAGGGCUUCACCUUUGGCAUUCAUUACUGGGAGCUGGUGGUGAAGAGCAAGUCUGACUGGGAGGUUGGAGCUGCUUACACAUCUAUGCCAAGGAAAGGUAAAUCUUGGCUGGGUAGAAACGAUGUUUCAUGGUCUUUGGAAUGCAGCGGUGAUCAAUAUACUACCUGGCACAAUAACAUAUCACAAAAAGUGAACAUCAAGGGGAAAUUGGAAAGGGUUGGGGUUUAUCUGAAUUAUACCGGGGGAGGGAGUGUUCCGAUUGGAAAGAUUUAUGUAAAUCGCUGGACAAGGUUACAAUUUUCUGCCCAGCUGUCGAAAUUGUAG